UGAGAAUGUUAAAGGAUUGUUUUUUUGUUUUCUGAUUCCUUGGAAAGAUGUCAAAAGAGUUAAGAAAAUUAUCAUAUCACUGUGAUAACUGUGGUAAACUGUUCUCUCAAAAAAGUAACCUAACUUCUCACAAACAUCUUCAUACAGAAGAGAAACCAUAUCACUGUGAUAUCUGUGGUAAAUCAUUCUCUCGAAAUGAUCAAUUAACUAUACACAAACGUAUUCACACUGGAGAAAAACCAUAUCAGUGUGUUAUCUGUGGUAAAUUAUUCUCUAGAAGUAGUGACUUAACUAAACACAAACGUACUCAUACAGGAGAGAAGCCAUAUCACUGUGAUAUCUGUGGUAAGUCAUUCUCUACAAAUAGCGUCUUAACUAAACAUGUACGAAUUCAUACAGGAGAGAAACCAUAUCAUUGUGAUAUUUGUGGAAAAUCAUUCUUUCGAAAUGAUCUCUUAAAUGUACACAAACAUAUUCAUACAGGAGAGAAGCCAUAUCACUGUGAUAUCUGUGAUAAAUCAUUCUCUGGAAGCAGUGUCUUAACUAAACAUAAACGUAUUCAUACAGGAGAGAAACCAUAUCAGUGUGAUAUCUGUGGUACAUCAUUCUCAGAAACUGGUCACUUAACAGUACACAAACGUAUUCAUACAGGUGAGAAGCCAUAUCACUGUGAUACCUGCAGUAAAUCAUUUACCCGAAUUGAUCACCUAACUAAACACAAACGUAUUCACACAGGAGAGAAGCCAUAUCAUUGCAAUAUCUGUGGCAAAUCAUUCUCAGAAACUAGUCAUUUAACUAUCCACAAACGUAUUCAUACAGGAGAAAAGCCAUAUCACUGUGACAUCUGUGGUAAAUCAUUCUCUGGAAGUAGUGACUUAACUAGGCACAAACAUAUUCAUACUGGAGAGAAA